AUGGUUAUGAUAUUAUCACAACCAUCUUUAAUUAAAAGUGUUACUCGUAAUCAUCAAUUAUUUCAUGCUGAUGUUGGUAUGGUAUCAUAUGCAAUAACUUUACUAUAUAAUUUAAUAUUUGAAAAGAAAAUUUUUUUUCGAUUAAAAGAAAAUGAAACUAUUUUAGCUGCUUGUUCAGACUUGCAAGAAGCAAAAGAUCAAACAAUAAAAUUUGGUUCAUAUACAUUAUUUGCUAUUUUAAAGCAAAAAGAUAUUGAUGAAAUAAAUAAUCCAUCAAAAACUGCUCAAACUUAUUUGUUUUACAUUGAAAAUAUGAUUGAUGAACCAUCACGUAUAUAUCAUGGAGUAAAAUUAAAUGGGGUAUUAACUAAUCUUGAAAUAAUUGUUCAAAAUGAUCAAAUUAAAGAAGAGAUUGCUAAUGAUGAUCAAGGUAUACAGCUGAUUGCAAAAUGUGCAUAUGGUAAAGAUUUCGAUGAUGAUAUUCGACAUCCGGCUCUAAGAAUUAUUUUAUCAGUUUCAUUUGCUGGAGAUGUUGCUAUUGAAAAAAUAAAAAAUAUUGAUCCACUUCUUGAUUAUGUUCAUGAUGAAUUUAUUUCGAAUAAUGCAAAACAAAGAUGGACAGCUAAUGCAAUUCAAUGGAAAAUUGAUGAAGAAAAAAAAUUUAUCAAAAAUCAAGAAGAAAAUAAAGAAAAAGAUCAAGAAAUUAUUGAAUAUAUUAAACCAAGUGUUAAAUUUGACGAAUCAAAAGCUCUUUAUCAAUAUAUUAGAGGUGAUCAUCGUUUUGAUUUAUCUGAUUUUCAAAUAGAAGACACACAUGUAAUGAUCAGUUAUUGUCUUGAUGAUAAAGAAAUAUGUGAUCAAAUUUUUGAUAAAUUAAAAACAGUAAAACAUUAUCAACUAUGGAUGAAUAAACAAUAUUUACACAGCGCUAAUCCAGAAGUCGUAGCGUCAGCAAUGGAGAAAGCGGAUAUCGUUAUUAUGUGUUUUUCAAAUAAGUAUCGAGAAUCAUCAGUAUGUCGAUUGGAAGGUGAAUAUGCUCACAAACGCAAACGACCAUUUAUUCCAAGUUAUGCUCGUAAUCAAGCAAAUAUGAUGCAAGUUUUACAAGCUGGUAAACGUAAAUCAGUUGUGAAAAUUCUUUAUAUGCCGACAGUAUCUGCCAAGUAUUUAUCAUCAUUGGUUAAUCCACUUUGGCAUUCGUUUAAACAACAAAUUCGAAAUCAACAUCUAUUAGUUGCAACAGACAUACCUUUACUGUUACCGGAAACGUUUUAUUUGUUACCAAGAAAAGAAAUUAGUAAUGCAUAUCGAAAACGUGGUACUACAUAUGGAAUUGAUAAAUAUUACGGCCGAUCCUAA